AUGGAUCUGAAGCAAAGCCAUUCCGGGAGGCUGAAUGAUGGACACAUCAUGCCGAUGCUGGGAUUUGGCACUUACGCUCCUGAUCAUACCCCCAAGAGCAAGGCUGGUGAAGCCACUGAAGCGGCUAUUGAUGUAGGCUUCUGUCACCUUGAUGCAGCGUUCUUCUACCAAAGCGAGGAGGAGGUCGGAAAGGCCAUUCGAGAGAAGAUUGCUGACGGCACUGUGAAGAGAGAGGACAUUUUCUACACCACCAAGCUUUGGACAACUUUCUUUAGACCAGAACUAGUUUGCUCAGCCCUGGAAAGGUCACUGGAGAAACUUCAACUGGACUAUGUCGAUCUCUUCAUUAUCCACAGUCCACUGGCUAUGAAGCCUGGGGAGGAAUUGCUGCCUAAGGAUGCCAGUGGAAACAUUAUUUCUGAUACUGUGGACCUUCGUGACGCAUGGGAGGCCCUGGAGAAGUGCAAAGAUGCAGGUUUAACCAAGUCCAUCUGGGUGUCCAAUUUCAAUCACAAACUGCCGGAACUCAUCCUCAACAAGCCAGGACUCAAGUACAAGCCCACCUGCAACCAGGUUUUUGACUUUGAGUUGACUCCAGAGGACAUGAAAGCCAUUGAUGGCCUCAACAGAAAUUUCCAAUAUGCUAAGUUACAAUUUGCUGUCGACCACCCUUAUUAUCCAUUUGCUGAAGAAUAUUAA